AUGCGCAAGACAUCCUACGCGAUCGCUUUCCUCCUCGUUGCCGCGCUUCUGGCGGUCAACAUCUCCUCUGCUGUACGCACGGACUGGCUCGUUGUGCGUGGUGAGGGCCACCUGGGCAGUCACGAUCUCGCGCGGUUCGGUCUCGCGAAACGCUGUUCUCGCGACUUGCUCGAGAUACCCGCUCCGGAUGACGGCGAGCCCGAGAUUGUAUACUCGGACUGGGAGUGCCGACCCUUCCCUAUGUCCAUCAGAGACCAUUGCGAACAGGGAAACCGUCGCUUCUGUGUAUCAUGGGCGACAUCUUCCUAUAUCUACGAGAUUGGUCUUGGAUUCAACGUUCUCGCGCUCCUCGCCAUUGCAUUUGGCGUGAGCACGCACUCGCGCCGUAGGCGUAUUUGGAAGGCUGUAGCUGGUCUCGUCGGCCUCGCGGCACUCUUCCCGAUGAUUGCAUUCGCAGUCAUCUCUGACCUCUACCGCACGGCGAAGUUCUGGGAGUUCGCCCGCGCGAGACCCGGCGCUGGGUAUUAUAUCUCUAUCGUGUACUGGGUCGCCGGCUUUGUCGUCACCGGUCUCGUUGUGACGAACGGCGUGGCAGCUGCGAAGGGUCACGCAUGGGCCGCCGGCAAGCGCGCCUACAGGCCAAUUCUGUCGCGGAACGCCUCCCGCGCGCACUCGCGCGCUCACUCCCACUCCCGCCGCUCAGUCGGCCGCACACACUCGCAGCACUCCGUCGCUGCGGCAGCAUCAAACGUCGAACCGGCCUCCUCUGCUUGA